CGUCAUCCAACGCGACAGCUACUGUAGGCACGCUGCCACUGUCUCGCUUUGUGUAGCUGAGUAAGACAGAAGUGUGAACGAGUUCAGUAAGAAUUCUAUCGUCAAGAGGCAGACAAGAGAGACAAAUCUGCCAUUUACUGUAACGUUUAAAUGGAUGUGAAAGAGGAGACGUGUGAGGCUGACCUGAAUAUCAUAGAAUUAAGGAUCAUAAAUGUUAAGGAGGAAGACACUGAGUGGGAGAGUGUCCACCCUAAACAGGAGAGUCUGGACAUUAAGGAAGAGGACAGUGAACUGGGGUCAGUUAAUAUUAAAGAGGAGGAUGAAGAGGAGUGUGUCAGCACUGAGAUGGACAACUGUAGGAGUAUGGAGAGUGUCAAGGAAGAUGACCUUCAUUACGGAGAUCAAGAUGGAGCAGUGACCGGGUUAGUCUCUUCUCAUAGCAGACACUCUUCAUCUCCGGAGUCUUCUGUCAGUGUACAAUAUGAAUCAUUACAGUCUGACACAAAGGGGUAUGAAGACAUUUUAUCUUCUACAACUGAGGAAGGUCAACCACCGCCUAAGACGUCAUCUAAAACAAGAGUCAAACUUCAUCACCACCGAAAACUUCACACAGGAGAGAAGCCAUAUUCCUGUUCUGAAUGUGGCAAAGAGUUUUCACAGAAAAGGUAUCUUCAGAGCCACCAAAGAAUUCACACAGGGGAGAAGGCAUAUUCCUGUUCUGAAUGUGGUAAACAGUUCUCAGUAAGACAUAAUCUUCAGCGUCACCGAAGACUUCACACUGGAGAGAAGCCCUAUUGCUGUUCUGAAUGUGGCAAAAAGUUUUCACAGAGAAGCCAACUUUUGACUCACAAAAGCAUUCACACAGGGGAGAAAGCAUUUUCCUGUUCUGAGUGUGGUAAACAAUUCUCAUGCAGUAGAAAUCUUCAGACACACAUUAAAACUCACACAGGAGAGAAGCCGUAUUGUUGCUCUGAAUGUGGUAAAAGGUUUUCACAGAGAUGCAAUCUUCAAUGCCACAAAAGAAUUCAUACAGGGGAGAAGCCAUAUUCCUGUUUAGAAUGUGGCAAAAAUUUUUCACAGAGAAGCUGUCUUCAGAGCCACCAAAGAAUUCACACAGGGGAGAAGCCGUAUGACUGUUCUGAAUGUGGAAAACAAUUCUCUCAGAGUGGCAAUCUUCAGAAACACAUUAAUAAACACAGGAGAGAAGCCAUAUUGCUGUUUUGAAUAUGACAAAACGUUUUCCACCAGAGAAUUCACACAGGUCAGAAGCCAUAUUCCUGUUCUGAAUGUAGUAAACAGCACUCAGAUGAAAACAAACUUCAGACUACAAAAAUAUUCACUUCGGAGAGAAGCUAUAUUGCUGUUCUGAAUAUGGCAACCAGUUAUUACAUAGACACAAGUUUGAGCGCCACAAAAUAAUUACACGAGAGAGUAGUGUUUGGAUUAGACAAACGCACAAAGGUAGCAUUCAUUAAUGGGAAAUUGAAAUCAGCCUUGUUGAAGAUUAUCCAGUAAGAGAAGUUGACCAAGAGGAGACUUAAUAAAUACUCAGGAAUUGACGAGGGUUCAGACAUAAACCAUAAAGAGCAAAUAUUGACGCAGAGAAUACACAAAAGGGUUAAAAUGAUCCAAAGGGCUCGUUUAUACUUCACACUCAGAACGCGUAUGCACCCGCAUCAUGGCUACCACGCGUUCCCAGCGUUCAUUUCAUGCGUCCUCUGAGUAGGUCUUCAGGAAUUAACGUGACGCAUGCGCAAGUUGCAGUACCAGCAAAAAAGUCGGGGGGCGCAGUGUGAUAAGUCGGAACGUGACGUUAGAGUCUCUGUUUACUAUCUACAUGUGACAGAAAGCCUCUAUGCAGAUCCUACGGGGAUCGAUGUGCGCGCUUCGAUAUUUGAUGAAUGGUUCGAUGUGGUGAAGCAAAAUGCCAACAUACAGAUACAUUCGUGGUGCUUUUCUGUUCAAGCAUUGCAUAUUCCCGGUCAUAAUGACACGAUACAUUUUAAAAGUCUCACAUACCAUCUUUUGUGCCGUCUUUUUUUUUUUUUGCAACUUCACAACAGCAGCAUAAUGUACAGUGCUGUAUUUGAGGCACUGAGAAAAAAACUAAGGACAUGGUGAAAAUGUGUAUUUUGUGAUUAAAGUGGAAAUUUUGGCUUUAAUCUCAAAAUGUCCACUUUAACCUCGUAGUUUAGUUUAUCAUUAAAGGAGACCAUCGUAAAUGUCAUCCCAGUUUUUAAUCGCUACGGCAAGCAGCAGUAGAUCACCACACAGAACACAUUAAAUGUAUGAUAUUCCAACUCCCGUCACAUUUAGAAUCUUUAGAUUUAUACUGGAUAUCACUUUCAUGAUGAAAUGCAUUAAAGUGUGUAUUUUACAGAUAAAUUGUUAAUGUCGUUUAAGUAAUGAAUACUGUUAAUAAUUACACACAUGGGGGUGACGCGGUGGCGGAGCAGUAGCACUGCUGUCUCGCAGGGAGUCACGUCGCUGGUAUUCCCUGCUUGGAUUCCACACUGUGCUUCAGUUUCCUUCCAAACAUAUGCAGAUUUGGGGAUUUGGUGCCGCUAACAUGACGCUAGUGUAUGUGUGUGCUUGUAUUCACCUUGCGAUGAGCUGAGGCCUGAGGCCUUGAGGAUUGUUUCUCACUCUUGCCCAAUGCUUGCUGGAAUGGACACAUCCCUAGAUUGAUGGAUUUAAUCAUUAAACGUCCUUUUCAGAGAUAUUGCGGUAAGGUGUCCUCGGAAUUUAAUAGGUGUUCUAGGCAAUUCACAACACAGAGAAGCCGAACUUGUUCUCACACUGCCACCUGGUGGAUUCCUCCAGAUUUACAUAAAGUACGCGCGCAAGUAUAAACACUACAACGCUUGCGUAGCAGGAGCGUCUGCUGCAGCAUGCGUCGCAUGAAGUAUAAAUCCGGCCAUAGAAGUUCUUUCACAGUGAAGAACAAAAUAGAAGCACUUAAUCAGUUAGUAAAACAUGUCAUCUCACACAGCUUUGGGAUCAUAGACGGGCCACAGAAAGACCUCAACAGUCUGAAUAUAAAAACAAAGUUGCUUCAUGCCAACUACAGUAACUAAUAUACAAAAACCAAUGCAUGCUAGGACUUUAUGUUCCUAGGGCAGAAAAUGGAAUGCACCAAACAGAAGUAGAUUACACACGCAGAUCUUCAAUCAUACGAGUGCCAGCAUUCCUUCUCAGCUCACACGAUAUAUAUAUAUAUAUAAAAUAUAAAUAUUAAAUAUUACAGCCUGAACUGGAAAUCCAAGAUUAACUUCCAUCAUAAAGCUUGGUUAAGCAGACCACAAAACCGAGGGAGUGCCCGACAUUCUCCAGGGGUCUGUACAGAGUGAAGUGACACAAUUUUGUCAAAAAGCAAAAAGAAAAUAGCAAGGUAGUCCAAGAGAGGAGAAAAAAAUCAAUGGGAGAGACUAUAAAUGCAGUAGGAAAUGCACAGAUCUCGUACUAUAAGCUAAUGUGGAGCAAAACCUGAUACAUAUAAAUGGCUUGGGUGAGGAGAAAUGAGAUGCAGGGAUGAAUGCUUGCAACUGACCACUUCAGAUUGUGGAUUACAAGGUUGUUUGCAACUUUUCCCCUAAGGGCACAUGCCUGAGUUUCACAGUCUGAAUAUUCAUAAUUGGUAAGUAUUCUUUUAAUAUUUAGGCUUUGUAACACACAGUAAGUUAAGCUGCCAACUCUCUGAAGUUUUUUUUCUGAAGCACACGGUAAAGAAUGGCACUUAGCCUCUGAAGUCUCAUGUGAAAUAUUAUUCAUAUAAGACAUGCUAAGAAAACGACUUGGCCCCUGAGGUUUCCCUAUUAAACAAGUUAAACAGCUCUUAAUCUCUGAGGUUACAGGUAACUUUAUAAAUGUUUAUAGCGUAAAGCUUUACAAAUGAUAUUAAGCCAGUGCUAACUCAGAUAUUACAGUAACUUAUAAUCCAUAAUGUACAGCAAAGUCAUCUUUAAACAGCAAUAAUCGAAAUAUUCCAAAAAAGAGAUCUGCACCCAUUUCUUCCAUUAGUUAAGAGGUGUGAUAACUGCUCAAAUAAACAAUUAAAAUAAUAGGCAUAAAUUAGUAGACAACUAAAAGUCUUGCAUGUGUGACUCAGUGAUGCGUAUACAAAUAAUUCCACAGUCCAAUUAUUUUCAUUUAGUAAAAUUAAUGUAAAAAUAGUUCAUACAGAAGGAAAAAAAAAACUGAUAACCCAAAAGAAAAGAUCCUGCAGAAGUUUUUUUUCCUGCUUAAGCCUUACAUGUCUUGUUAGUUUCUUUGUGUUUCUCUAAUAAGUUCUCUAUGUAACAUACAAUUGUGUGUUUAUACAUCAAAUAAUCGGUGAACAGUGUGCUGCUAUUACUCUAUUUGAAAGCAAAUCAAACAGUCCAUGCGUCGAGCAGAAGAGAUGAUGUCCCUUACUGACUGAAAUUCUGAAAUUAUAACAUCACAGAUAAAGCGGAGCAAUGAGGAAGUGCGAUUAUAAAUUAGCUUUUGGGCUUAAACAGAAUCUUCCAUUAUCUGAUUUUCUAUAAGAAUCUUACAUUCCAUUCACAUUAAGCAAAUACUGAAUUUUAACAUUGACUAAUAAACCAUCUAAGAUUGGCUCUUACAGUCUCAUUGUCUUCUUUUUCUUGAUUUUCUUUACUUUUAUUCUAACUGAUCCAACUACUGGGUUGUCGUCAGAUCCACAGCCAUCUCCUGGUCUUGCCUUACUGUUU